UUCUACAUCUUUUUCUUUCAAACAAAUAAAAAAAACCCUCUGUAUUCAUCUAUAUUACGCUUCUCUAGUCUUUAUUUUGAAUAAAAAGAUAUAGAAUCCAUGCAUUGGCAUGAUAUAACUUUGGAAAUUAAGAUUUCUACAAGUUUGCUGAAAAUAUUUUAAAAGUUGUGUCUCGAACAAUGAAUUUACCAAAUUACUGUUUGCAGAAUUUCAUGAGAAUUCAGAACUUUAAGGGAGUUUAGAAUAAUCUAGCCCAAUGGCAGAAAUCUAGGCAAAUGGAGAGCAAGGGAGAUUAAGUGGGCUUGCUUGUGAUUACCAAGGUAAGGAGUAGCAGCCUAGAAUUCACAUCUGACUAUUCUUCAUGAUGUGGCUCUCUUUCUACUCUGCCAAUCCUCCUCAGAGUUCCGCUGGGACAGAGAAUUUGAAGUGACUAUUAAGGAGUCCCAAGAAUGAAGAUGUUUCAAGAUCAAACGAAGUAUAAAUGUCACAAAUAACAACUUUUAAAAUAUAAAUUAACAUUGUAUCAGAUCAAUUGAUGUAAUUCAAUUUUCAUAAUUUUGUGGUAGUGUAUUGUUUCUUUACUUACACUUUUUCUCUCUGUCCUUUCAUAGCAGGUAGAAAACAAUGGGACCAACAACAGUAAUGGUAUGGAAGCUACUAAAGAAACUGAGAAAGUAAAUGAUGCUCUUAGAAGUAAAGGAGAUGGCAUUUCUGACAAAGGAUCCCGUGGUGUGGCAGGGAAAGUUGACAAUGAACCUAUUGGAAACAACCUGAAAACAAAACUAGGAGGAAAAAUUGGACACAGAAACAUUGGCAGUGAAAGCAAUAGUGAUGGAUAUGAUGAGAGCUAUGAUUUUGACAAUGAAUCUAUGCAAGGAGAUGAUCCUAAUAGCAGUAAUGAUGAAGCCAAGUCUGAAAGUGAGGAUAUCAGUAAUAGUGAGGGCAAUGAUUCUAAUGAACCUGAUGAAUCAGCUGGUGAUAGUAAUGGUAGUGACUCACCAGAAAGAGAAGAUGAAAAUAGUGAUAAUGUUUCAGACACUAGUGAUGAUGAUAGUGACAGCACCAAUAAUGACAGUGAUAGUGGUAACAAUAGUGAUGGAGACAUAGCAAAUGGCAGUAGUGAUAGUGACAGCAAUGGCAGUGACAGUAAAUCUGAUAGUGAUAACAGUGAUAGUGAGAGCAAAUCUGAUAGCAGUGACAGUAGUGAUAGUAGUGACAGUAGUGAUAGCAGUGACAGCAGUGAUAGCAGUGACAGCAGUGAUAGCAGUGACAGCAGUGAUAGUGAUAGCAAAUCUGAUAGCAGUGAUAGCAGUGAUAGUAGUGAUAGCAGUGAUAGCAGUGACAGCAGUGACAGUAGUGACAGCAGUGAUAGUGAUAGCAAAUCUGAUAGCAGUGAUAGCAGUGAUAGUAGUGACAGCAGUGACAGCAGUGAUAGUGAUAGCAAAUCUGAUAGCAGUGACAGCAGUGAUAGUAGUGAUAGCAGUGACAGCAGUGAUAGUGAUAGCAAAUCUGAUAGCAGUGAAAGCAGUGAGAGCAGUGAAAGCAGUGAUAGUGAUAGCAAAUCUGAUAGUGACAGCAGUGAUAGCAGUGACAGCAGUGAUAGUGAUAGCAAAUCUGAUAGUGACAGCAGUGAUAGCAGUGACAGCAGUGAUAGCAGUGAUAGUAGUGAUAGCAGUGAUAGUAGUGACAGCAGUGAGAGCAAAUCAGAUAGCAGUGACAGCAGUGAUAGUAGUGAUAGCAGUGACAGUAGUGAUAGCAGUGAUAGCAGUGACAGUAGUGAUAGCAGUGAUAGCAGUGAUAGUGAUAGCAAAUCUGAUAGCAGUGAAAGCAGUGAGAGCAGUGAAAGCAGUGACAGCAGUGAAAGCAGUGACAGCAGUGAUAGUGAUAGCAAAUCUGAUAGUGACAGCAGCGAUAGCAGUGACAGCAGUGAUGGUGAUAGCAAAUCUGAUAGUAGUGACAGUAGUGAUAGCAGUGACAGUAGUGAUAGUGAUAGCAAAUCUGAUAGUAGUGAUAGCAGUGACAGUAGUGAUAGCAGUGAUAGUAGUGACAGCAGUGAUAGUAAUGGCAAAUCUGAUAGUAGUGACAGCAGUGAUAGUAGUGAUAGCAGUGACAGUAAGGAUAACAAUGGUAAAUCUGAUAGCAGUGACAGCAGUGAUAGUGGGAGUAAAUCUGAUAGUGGUGACAGCAGUGACAGUAGUGACAGCAGUGACAGCAGUGAUAGUAGUGACAGCAGUGAUAGUGACAGCAGUGAUAGUGACAGCAGUGACAGCAGUGAUAGCAGUGAUAGCAGUGAUAGUAGUGAUAGCAGUGAUAGUAGUGACAGCAGUGAGAGCAAAUCAGAUAGCAGUGACAGCAGUGAUAGUAAAUCUGAUAAUAGUAAUAGCGACAGUGAAUCUGAUAGUAGCAACAGCAGUGAUAGCAGUGACAGUGACAGUAAAUCUGAUGAUAGCAGUGACAGUAGUGAUAGUAACAGUACUGAAAGCAACCAUCAAGGCAAGUCUAAAAAUGAUACCAACAAUGGAAGUGACAGUGAUAGUGACAGUGUCAGUGAAGGCAGUGAUAGUAACCAUCUAACAAGUGAUGAUUAGAAUAAAGACCAGGAAGUGGUAAGUUCCACCUGUGAAAAGCUCUAGUAAUUUCUAAAAAGUAAAAAUUUCUGUGAGAGAAAGUGAAAUGAAAGUGAGGCAUCACCUCAGAC